AUGUCUCCUCGGCUUUGCAGCACACCUGCUAUCAGUUUGGCACCAUCGAUGACCAUGAAGAAUGGGCUCGUUGAUGAAAAGACCUUUCUCGUUAAGGGCGGUCUGAAUGGGAGAAUGUACCUGGAGUACCUAAAGUUCGACCGCAACAACUCUAGCUCGACUUAUAGAUCCUCGCUGAAGUUGGCAGAGGGGGCGGACCUUACUGGCAGUUCGUUUGUUGAUAGCAGUGUUGGUGGCCAGUGUCAGGUAACUGCUUGGUUUCACCAGAUCAACAGUCCGUGGUUUCCUGACAACUUUGUCUCAAUGCCAGUGGCCAGACGGUACUGGCUGAUUAGAAAAUCAAAAUUCGAGCCGGGCCUCAUAGAACCCAAUAACAAAAGAGGCAAGAAGGCGUGCACAGAGUGCCGCCAGCAAAAGGCGCGCUGCGACGCCCAGCAACGACAGCCGUGUAGCCGUUGCGAACGGAUGAAAACUGAGUGUGUUAUUUCCGAUCCGUUUCGGCGCGAGCAUAAGCGGCUGAAGUACUCGCUACUCGAGAGAGAAGCCAAAGAAAUGAGGCGCCAACUUGAGACGACUCAGCCUGUGACUGCCUACCAGCAGGCGGAUGGAGGAGCUAUGCUACUCCCCAAGCCUCUAGAAACAAAUGUGAAGCAUACAACAACAGUAGGAGGUCUCAAGGCUGACGAUGUCAAUGUUGCCGUUGGUAUCACUGUUGGCACACUACAACCUACAUUCAUCGUUGACGCCAAUGCCCUUCCGCCCCUUGCUGCUGCAACACAGGCCGAUCUAGACAACCCUCACCUCGCAGCAAUCGAACCGGGAUCUGUGUACAGGAAUACGGCCAGUGGGCUCCAAGCUCGCCCCCCGGCCUUGCAGCCUCCUGUUGGCUUGGGCCCUAGUGUCCCGAAGGCAAAGGAGCUAGCUCUGGCCGGAGGGGACCCCAACCGUACGCUGCCACGUACGCUCGGCGGAGUUACCUUGAGUGGAGAGGAGAUCGAGGCAAUCUUUGAUCUUUACAACAGACAGUAUGCCCACUUCCUUCCGAUCCUCGAUAAGACUGCUACGCCCAACCAGACAUUCGGACAAUCGCCCUUCCUCUUCUGGGCCGUGAUCGGUGUGGCGUCGAGGACCUGCGCGAAGAACCCGACUAUCUUCCACGCUCUCGCGAAGCAUAUCAUACAGUUGGCGUUUACUGCUCCGAUCUCUGGUUGUGGACCCUGGAACGUAAUUCAGGGUCUUCUGCUUGUGUUGAGCUGGCCGUUUCCCAAGGACGAGGGUGAUGUGGAUAUCAUAUUUCCGUUGAAUGGCUUGCUGCUUCAUGUCGCCAUGCAGUACGGCAUGCAUAACCCUCUCUCCGCGCAUGAGUUCUACAAGUCCAAGCAGCCUCUUCCUCCUGACACGGACAUUGUUCGUCGCUCCGAGCUGUGGGGGUAUACCAUCAUCAUCUACCAGCGAUCUUGCCUGAUGAAGGGCCAACCUCCUCGCUCUCUUCUAGAAAUGGCCAGAGACAUUGACCAACGCAAAGUGUUGCAUCAAAUCAUCUCGCCUCAGCUUAGAAUUGAGAUGGUUGCCCAAGGCAUUGUGACAGAGUGCGGCGCAGCGGUGAGCGAGUAUGGGGUUAUCAAUUUAGCCAAGGAGCGAGAGCAUGGACUCGACCUCCUUCUUCGUGCUUAUGAGCAGCAGAUCUCGAAUCUACACACCGAGAGCCACACCAGUAGAGAUGAGCUCCACAUUCUCGUCGCCAGUCUCAGUGUCCAGGGAAUGCACCUCCUCAAGCAUCACACCCUGUAUUCCGAUCGGCGUCUUAGAAAGUUGGAGACAGUGGCCUGCGAUUUGAUUGAUGCGAUCCAGACGCUCGCUGAUGAACUCGAAACCCUCUCUGUCUGUCCCUCGCACGUCGUCUACGGCUUGCUUCUAUCUAGCGCGAUUCUGCUCCGUAUCAUGAAAGGCCCGGGCACUACCAUCGUAGACAAUUCGAGAAUAAAGGACUACUUUAUGGUGUCACUCAACCUGGCGAAGCUCAUGAUAGUCACCAACGGCGACCUGCCCACGAAGAUUCUGACAAUAAUGAGCGGGCUGUAUAACAGCACCAAGGCGUUUCGACGACCAGACGGCAGGCCGAUGAUCAAUCUUCGUAUCCGCAGCCGCCUGGCGCUGUGUCCAAUCAUCGAUGCGAUUUGGUGGUGGAAGGAUGAAUGCGAACCGCCGGUCUCUACGGAGGAAGAAGACGUGGACGGCUCCUCAAUCGCGCCGGAGGUACCCAUAAACAUCUACGACGAGCAGCUGUUUACUGACUUGGAGUGGGCGCUCACUGAGGAUGCGUUCAAUUUCAGUCUUCCUGAGCUUUAUGAUCCGCCACUCGAGACUGCCUUUCCUUAGCCCUUCUCCCCUUCUUUUUCCGUUUUUGUUUCUCUGUUCUUCUACUUUCUCCUUUCCAGACUGCAUGAACGGUGUCUUUGAACUCUUUCGAGGUGCUACUGCCAAGCUUCGAGAUCACUCAGAGAAGUAUGGAUUGCUGCUGGCAGCAUCUUUUAGGCUGCUUGGCUGGACCGUUGAGGCUUGCUCUGGUGGGUCGAUGAGAUUGCUUUGAGAAAUUUUUGUUUAAGAGAAAUGGGGCUGGUUUAAGGGAAAUUGACUGCAGAUUGCAGACCGGUGUUUUCAACGUUGGGUCAUUGGACUUGGCUAUGACCUGCACAAGAGGUGGUUAUUCUUCCAUCAGUGUUUGAUAAAGGCGAUAGAUUGAAUCUUGAAAUGGACGAACUGAGG